AUGAACGCCUUAUCGGCUAAUACCCUGGCGCGUGUUAGCCCUGCCCCCACUCCACCACCCAUUCCAUACCCAACGCACCCCAUGGACGAUCCCGAAUGGCAACCACCACAAGGUCCUAUGGCCGAACUAGACAAGCAGUAUUGGAUCAAUAGUGGACAGCUGUUGCUGCAGGAGCAGCUUUCCAAGAACCAACUGAACCAGGGUGUAGCAAAAAAUCUAAUCAUAUUCAUCGCCGAUGGUAUGUCCAUAACAACUCAAACAGCAACUCGUGUUUUCAUGGGCGGCGAGCAGAUGCAGCUUUCUUUCGAGCAGUUUCCAUACGUUGGAUUAGCAAAGACCUACUGUAUCAACUAUCAAGUCUCCGACUCGGGCUGUACAGCAUCGGCAAUUCUGACUGGCGUAAAGAACAAUUACGGAACGAUCGCAGUCAGCGGUCACGUGCCGUUGAUGAACUGCGAACGAAGUCUGGUGAACGAAAAUCGUCUCACCUCGAUCCUGAAAUACGCCCAGGAAGAUGGCCGAGCAACGGGAAUCGUGACCAAUACUCGGCUGACGCAUGCAACCCCUGCCGUCGCUUAUGCCGUUUCCGGGGCACGUUACUGGGAGGACGAUGGAGAAACUCCGUCGGGUUGUGUAGAUAUCGCCAAGCAGCUGAUUUAUGGUGAGAUAGGAACGAACUUGACGGUUGCGAUGGGAGGUGGCACCCGUCAUUUUUACCCUGCCGGAAUGACCGAUGUUCACGGGGGACCUGGUCGACGGCAGGAUGGGCGAGUUUUACCAGAAGAAUGGCUGCAAGAAAUUUCGAAACGCGGUGAGCGGGGUAAGUACGUGUACGAUCGCCAUCAGUUGCUGAAUACCAAUGUACGAGAAGUAGAUCGACUGUUGGGAUUGUUCGCUGCGAAUCAUCUGAGUUAUCGGCUGGAGAAUGUCGACCAGCAGCCACGAUUGGAGGAAAUGACUGCGAAAGCGUUGGAGAUGCUGCAGAAAAACGAACGGGGAUACGUGCUGGUGGUGGAAGGUGGUCUUAUUGAUCCAGCACAUCAUGCGAAUCAGGCUCGCAGAGCUCUGGACGAAACGGUUGAGUUCCACCGAGCGGUUCAGUACGCUGCUCGCAACACGGACGAGCGUGACACUUUGAUAGUGGUAACGGCAGAUCACUCGCACACUCUGACUAUGGGCGGCUAUCCGGUUCGGGGCAAUGAUAUCCUGGCGACAGGUGACUUUUCCCGGUUGGAUCGAAUGCCGUUCUUUACGCUCACCUACGCCAAUGGGCCGAGCUUUUUCGAACAUUUUCCACCGGAUCGCAGUGGCCGCGUGAAUCCUUUGCUAAUGAACUGGCGAAGUUCGGACUUUGGGUAUCCCGGAGCGGUUCCCUAUGAGGAUGAAACGCACGGUGGCGAUGAUGUGGCCGUUUUUGCUCGUGGACCAUAUGCGCAUCUGUUUACUGGAUCGUACGAGCAGCACUUCAUUGGACAUGCUACGUUGUACGCUUCAUGCCUGGGAACCAAUGAAAUGCAACGGUCAGAAGCAUGCUGGAAUCGCCUUCAGGGAUCUGCUAGCUCUGUUAGUAAGUCCUCAAUUUUAAUAAGUGCCAGUCUGCUGCUCUUAUUUAUCCUAUUCCAAAUCCAAUUUCAAGUCAUAAAUAAAUUACUGUUUUAG